UGUGAGCUUCAGUCAUGGCUACGCUUACGGCGACUUCAAGGCUGAAACCAGUUGAUAAAGGAGGAGGGGUGUUGAAAUAUCAGCUUCCGUUUGUGUUGAAGAAGUUUGUUAUUGAGUGGGUAAGAGAUCUAAGUAUUGAUGAUAGAGCUGCGUUCAGGUUUAUGUGCCGUUAUGAUGUUCCGGAGUCAAGGUUGAGUGAAAAUAUUGAGAGAGAUGGUAACAUCUUCAAGUUAGUCGAGUUUCUUAUUCAAGAUGGUAGGUUGUCAGUUAAGGAUGUGUCGUAUUUGAAACGGUUUCUCCCUACGAUAGGGCGAGAGGAUUGGCUUCAGAGGCUUGAAAAGGUUGAAUUACGUAUGUUUAUCGGUAAUAUAGUCGAGGAUUAUGUGAAGUUGAAAGCUUUUGCUCGCCAAGAUGGCGGUGCAUCGGAUGCUGCUUGUUGCUGUGAUAUUGUUGUAGCUCUCUUGGUAGAAACUAAAACGCGGAAUAAGUGUUUGAUCGAGGAAAUUUUGGGUCAUUUGAGUGCAGUUGAUGGCGCAGAUGACGGUAUCGAUAGUGAUAUAGUUGAUGGUGUCUUUCUGCGCAUUUGUAACAAGAUUAUGAGUUCCCAUCGAUCUUGGUUUGGACUUGUGGCUUGCUUGGUGAUCAUCGUUGGGUUGUAUGGGUCGUAUAGCCGUUAUUUAGGAACUCCGGUUGAUGUGGCAUUAGAUGGGUAUUACGUAUGCGCCUUUAGUGGAACGAAAACAAGUCAGUUGUUAGCAGAAUGGAUUUUAGAAAAUGGUGGAAGGGAAACCUUUCAGAAGUUUGUCAGGUUGCAGCGAAGAGAACUGGACAGCGGAUCAGAUAUUUCAGAAGUGCUUAGCGAAAUGAGAAGGAUCUUACAGAACUGUGUCGCGAUUUAGAACUUUCGUGCAGGUUUCAUAAGGAUGAGUAAAGGAAGUUGGUGUCAGUGGUGUCAUUGGUAACAGUAAACCAAGUUAAUUAAAAAAACUAGACGUCCCCUCUUGUGGACUGCCACCUUGCCGUGGUAGAGGGGCUUGUGCGUUUCAAUGAUCCUGAGAACUUAGCCGGUGGAGGCAUGUGAGCCUCUGGCAGGUACAACCAAGCCGGAAAGAUCAAAGGGAAGAAACCAGACUAAAAGGCAGUCAAAAUGCGAACUCGACAUGAUACCUUGUCACGUUGUACACUAAAAUGUAACGUACUUGAAAAAUGCAGGUGUUCCGAGCUUGUAGCUUCAAUUUCAACUUUGCAAUUUUAUACGUAUUGUAAAGGAUGUCUAAGUGGGAAAUCCACGGACAAACAGGCAAAAAAUGUAAAGGAAUCAUGUAAAAGUAAAGAACAUUUGAUAAAAUGCAUAAACAAGAAUAAAUCUCAAUCAGAUCCAGCGCC